UCUCACCGCAGCACGACGGAAGUCACAUUGUCACAAGUUACGGUUUUUGGUCGACAUCGACGUCGUGAAUCACGCCGUAGUCCGCUGGCGACGCUGUUCGGAUCGGUAUUGCCGUCGAGUGCCGUGGUUGACGUCCGGUUCCGCGUGGUUCCGUUACUCGUUUGGGGUUGUUCGCUCAAUGUGAUGUGAAAGUGCUCAUUUCGGCAACACAGUGCUCGUUACCGACAGUGCAGAGGGGCAUUGGAGUGAUAAUUAAAUUACCCCACAAUACGCUUUUGAAAAGCUGGUGUGUGUCUUGACCUAUAUUUUGCGCUCCGGACCCAAGAAGCAUCCAACAGCCCAACACAGUCAAGCAGAAAGAUUAGAGACAAACGGCCCCCUCUUCUGGCCUGGUUGGUUGGUCGUUGUCGUCGCAGAGGAUACUAAUUACACGACCACAAUCAACAGCAGUUACUCGUGCAAUCCACCCGCCACCCAACGUCGUUCGCCAAAAACCCCGACGACGGCGACGGGAGCAAUUCGCACGAUUCGCGUUUCGGUCGGCAGAGCAAGGAGUUCUUCGGGUGAAUGGCUGCGACGAUUGUCGACCGGGUGAAGAUAUGAUGCACCCAUCAUGUCCACCUCAUCUUUCGCUUUCCCAUGGAUUCGUAACAGAAUUAGCUACAACGGUACACACAACUUGCCAUACUCACCUUUACUUAGUUACCGCCUGACGACAUCGUUGACAUUGCCGGUCACCUCCAACGGAAGCCGACAACAGCAAACAUUCCAAAGCCGACAUAGCCAUCAUCUACAACAACUAUCGUGACCACAGCAUCAUCCCGGGUGCCUCGGAACAUAAAAAACAGAAGCCUCCAGCCUUCCGCGUGUUUGUCGCGGAUCUUCGCCAGAAAGCAUCGCGACCAACAUCAAUCAUCCGAUAAUUAAUUGACACAGUUUUACCUCGGGUAAUUUAUGAUCCCCCUUUGAGCACCCCGUGGACAACGGUUGUGACAACAACGGCGCGUGAAUCGCGAGUGGCGCGCUCAUAUCACGCACAAACAUAUCCCAACAUCGGCAACCACAAACCACUGUGCAGAAGCAAACCAAGAGGAAAAUGCUAAAGGAUCUCAUUGCGGCCGAAACGGUGACACCUGAAAAAUGUGCCGGAUGUGGGAUAUCCAUAAGAGAUCGAUAUUACCUGCUAGUAGCAGAUCGGGCGUGGCACAACCAGUGUCUACGCUGUUGCAAGUGCCUCGCCAACUUGGAAACGGAACUAAGUUGUUACGCCCGCGAGGGCAACAUCUACUGCAAGGAUGACUACUACCGACAUUUCUCCUCGCGCCGAUGUGCACGCUGUGGCUCGGGAAUCAGUGCGUCCGAGCUGGUGAUGCGGGCCAAGGAUCUAAUAUUCCAUGUCAACUGCUUCUCCUGUGCCAUAUGCGGCCAGCUCUUGCGUGGCGGUGACACCGCCGGAAUACGCGACGGUCGCAUCUUCUGUGGCGAACACUACGACACCGAUGUGCUCAGUGAACCAGAAACAAUUUCACCACAGUUUUAUCCCGGCGGACAUCAGCCGCUGCAACCGCACCAACAGCAGCAGCCCCAGCAGCCCUCGCAGAAAGGACGACCUCGGAAACGAAAGCCAACACCACAGCUGCUAGAUCCCCAACAGCAGCAGCAGCAACAACAGAACCAGCCACCUCCGACGCAUGACUCACUGGAUGCCGGAACGCCUCUUCGAUUAGAUCUACUACACAAAGAGAUGAGCGUAAGCAACUUGGAUCUAUCUUCUUACGAUGGGAGUCAAUCACCAGGUUCGGGCGGAACUCUAACGCCUAACUGCCGAACCAAGCGAAUGCGUACGUCCUUCAAGCAUCACCAGCUUCGGACAAUGAAAUCCUAUUUUGCUAUCAACCAAAAUCCAGAUGCCAAAGAUCUAAAACAACUAGCUCAGAAAACGGGACUUUCCAAAAGAGUGCUACAGGUCUGGUUCCAAAACGCCCGCGCCAAGUGGCGUCGAAACGUGAUGCGCCAGGAUGGCGGUCUCGUGAACCCGGGCCAACCGCUCGGUGGUCUGCCAUCGAUCACGACCGCCAGCUUGCACCAUCAUCAUCACCUCACCAGUGCCAACCCAAGCAACAACAACAGCAGCGACGGAGACAUGUCCUCCAGUCAAGCCCUGGAGGAGAUGCACAAUAUGACCUUCGCCGAGCUGUACUGACACAAUCUGAUGAUCAAGAAUAUGAUUUUGUCCAAUGUGAUCAAGCUGUCGCAACAUCCGGCUCCCUCGCCGGCAGCGCAGCAGCAAGAUCCUCAACCCACGGCGCUGAUUGUUCCAUUGCAAUCCGCUGAUUCGAGGAUGGAUCUGAACGCCAACAACCAAAUGGAACCCGGGCUUGGUGCAGAUGAUUGCAGUGGUGAAAUGACGCCCAACUGGAGCGGUAUUUACUCCGAAACCAAUCAUUAGAAGAGGGCUGAACGUGUAAUAAAACAAAUUGAAAACAGAGGGAAACACAAAACAGGCUAGGAGUGUGCAAUAGUAUUAACAGGUGAUUAAAAUCGACGCUAAUUACAUGCUAGUUUUCACGUCUAGUUAACGACAAGAGGUGUAUAGCGAUGAUAUCAGGGACACAAAUCAGGUCCGGUAGCGAGCGACAAAAUGUCUGCCAGUCACGCGAAUUCCGGCAUACAAAGUAGUGCACAGCAGCACAUUCCCUCACUGGCACUGUGUGUAGUCAAAUGGUAGGCAGCAAGUGUGGAGCAAGUCUGCAGUAAAGUUGAGGGCCUCGAGGUUGGGUUUGAUAUUUGAAAUAGAACUGAACAUUAUUAUGAUCUAUUUGAUCUCAAAGCUUUGCUCACUAGUUAACAUUGUUUUUCGAAGAAUCUAAAUACUUGCACAGAAAAAACAUGGGUCUAAGACAAAAAGGGCUACCCACUACGUUUAUGAGAAAAAUGUGUUUGAUAAAAAUGUACAUUUUUAUUAUCUUCAGGGGCUUGGUGGUAUUUUAUUGAUCGAUCCACUUUUUUAAACUUCACGGAUUAUGAUCAAAAUUUAUUUUCAACUUUUUAUUGUUCAACCAUUUGGUUAUGUGUCAGGCCCACCGAUUUUCACGAUGAUGAAGGGUUCCUUCCACAGCUAAUGUAGCCUCCCCGUCAUUCAUCUGCUCUCUGCUGUAGAAUAGACGGUGCACAGCACUUUGUUUUCAAAAUCUUCAAAAGCAACUUGCACCUCCACGAGAAAUCCAAUUGAUAACAUGCUUUUAUAUAAAAAAUAUUUGUAAAAGGGACGAUUUUGACUUGAUCUUAGUCGUUUUUUGUUGUCAUCAUGCUAUAAUUGAUUUGCUAUCACUAAUGGGAAAAAUCACAAAAAAUAAGAAACAAAGCUAUUUGCGUAUUUAUAUUUUGUUUUUGAUUUUUAUUGAUAUGGGUAUGAAAUCAAACAGUAGUA